AAGGAACUGUCGCAAAGACUGUUGCUACUGAAGGAACUCAACCAACAUCAGCUGCAACCGAAGGAGUGACUGAAGGAACUGUGGCCAAGACUGUUGCUACUGAAGGAACUCAACCAACAUCAGCUGCAACCGAAGGAGUCACUGAAGGAACUGUCGCGAAGACUCUUGCUACUGAAGGAACUCAACCAACAUCAGCUGCAACCGAAGGAGUGUCUGAAGGAACUGUCGCCAAGACUCAUGCUACUGAAACAACAACGAAAGGAACUCAAUCAACAUCAGCUGCAACUGAAGAAGUUACUGAAGCAACUGUCCCCAAGACUGUUGCUGCUGAUGGAACAACCGAAGAACCUAAGCCAAUAACUGUGGGAAAUGAAGGAAUAUCGGAAGGAGCUGUGGGUGGAACGGAUGCCACUUGUGGGCUUACUUCGGUUGGUGCAUCGACCUCUGCUGCGGUCAUAUCUGGAACAAUGGAGCUUUGCAUGCAAACUGAGUAUAUUGCUUUUCUUGUUGGGGCUAAAUCUAUUAGUACUGAACCUGAAGAUGUUGGUGAUUUUGCUGGUUUCAUGCGGGAUGGUGUAAACUUUACGGAGAGAAAUCCAGUGAUUGUUAUCACGAUGCCGGAUGAUGGUGCUGUUGUCCGUAAUGUUGAAGUUGUGUCGCGCAAUAUCAAUGAGGUUCUUCUGAGUUUCGCGACGAAGCGGGGUGUUAAUGUGCGUCCCAUACAUGGAAAUGGGACGAAGCUGUUGGCCGGAAGCUUGGGGGAAGAGAAAAUUUUGCGUAUUAUGAUUAUUGUGUUAAGUACUGUUGAUAGUCGGGCGCCAAGUGGCGUUAAAUUGUCGGUUAUAGCUUGUGGUUCUGCACCAACGGCAUUGCUGACGAAGGAAACGAUGACCACAUCUGGCCAAUCACCUGAGACAACCAUCUCAGAAACAACAAUAAGUGUCACACCGUCAACUGAAACGCAAACAGCCGUUUAUGCAUUGCCCGAGGAAACUUUGACCACAAGUGAAUAUCAUUCUCAAACAUUCACCAGCAGUAAGCCAACUGCAUCAGAUUUAAUUGGAACGACAUCUAUUUUUCAAACUACAACGUUUUUCAAUCCACAAAAGUCAUCACAAAGUCAAGAGACUCUCGCGAGCGCUAUGCGAAAAACAUACCCAAAUGAAAGUUCCUCGUCAAGUAGCAAAGAAACAUCGAUAGUUAUGGAAAGUACUACAUCUCCCAUGCUAGAAGCAACAGCAGAACAGUUUUGCAAACAUAUGGAGUAUAUCGACACGCUUAUUGCUAGUAACUCUGUUACUACUAAACCAAAAGACAUUCCCAAUAAAGUCGACUUCAUAAAAAACGGUGUUAACUUUUCCGAAACAAGCCCAAUCGUUGUUAUCGAUAUCCCAAGCGAAGGUGCUGUUGUUCGUGAUGUUAGAGUUCCAUCAAGUAACGUCGAUGACAUCAUGAUCAGUUUCACCACAAAAUCGGGUGUUAAUGUCUCCCCCAUACGAGGAAAGCCAACCCAUUUACCCACAGAUCGCUUUCCGAGCGAAAAGAUUGUGCAGCUUGUCAUCGUCUUUAUAGGUACGACUGACAAUAAGUCGCCAAAGGAUGUCACUUUAUCAAUUGUCGCCUGUGCUCCUGGAGCAACAAAAAGCAUCACAGAAGAAACACCACCACAGGAAACACAACCACCAACAUUUGCAGGACCCAAGCAAACGGCAGUCAAACUCCAAGCCACUGAUGAACAUCAGACACCAACUAAGACACUACAACAAACAACACUUCAGGGUGUCACAACAACAGUUGAAAAACGCCAAACAACACUUGAACAUGAAACACCUACUGAGCAUACCCAAACAACAACAGCUGAACGUCUACCGACAACCGUACACAAAGUUGGAACAACUUCUGAACAUGAAAGACCCGCCGAAGCCACACAAUACACAACCGCUGGACGAGCGACCGGUCUUAUAGGCAAAGCCGAAACAAUUGGUGGGCCUCGAACACCUGCGAAAGGCACGCAAGGAACAACAGCGAGAGUUCAGACCACAACUGUAGGAACAGUCGGAACAACAAUUGGACGUGAAACAUUUGCUGAAGCUACACAAGGAACAACAGCAGAAGGUGUAACGACAACCGUAGGAGAAGGAGGAAGAACUACUGAACAUGCAACACCUGCUGAAGUUACACAAGGACCAACAGCAGAAGGUGUAGCGACAACCGUAGGAGAAGUGGGAACAACUGGUGGACGUGGAACACCUGCUGAAGCUACACAAGGAACAACUGCAGAAUUUGUAACGACAACCGUAGGAAAACUCGGAACAACUGUUGGACGUGGAACACCUGCGGAAGGUACACGAGGAACAACAGUUCGAGGUGUGACGACAAGCGUAGGCAAAGUUGGAACAACUGCUGGACAUGAAACACCUGCUGAGGGUACACAAGGAACAACAGCAGAAGGUGUAACGACAACCGUAGGAAAAGUCGGAACAACUUUUGGAGGUGCAACACCUGCUGAAGUUACACAAGGAACAACAGCAGAAAUUGUAACGACAACCGUAGGAGAACUUGGAACAACUGUUGG